UUCAUGGGGUCGAGCGCAGUGAACAUGUAUUUAUUAACCCAUCCGCCGGUUGUACACAGUCGGUGUUGUUUGUCGCUGUCUCCUGCUCGGAUGUCGCGUUAAUAUAAUGCCGUGAAAUAAAGAUUCGGUCUCUCGUCGGAUGUGUUAUGUAUGUUUGACCACAUCUUGAGAAAGGAGAAGGAAUGGAUUUGGAUCCAGAGCAUUAGGAGCAAGGAACUCGAUGUUCGGGUCUCAUUUGGUGUCUGGCCUGCGGUCUCUUCCUUUGGCUAAGUGGUGAAGAUGCUCUGUGAGGUUUAAUAGAGAGCAGCAUGGACGAGGCUGCCAGCCAGCUGGAGAGAGAGCAUGUUCACAGUGUGUACGAGAGGAUUGCACCCUACUUCAAUGACAGCCGUUACAAGGCUUGGCCCAAGGUCAAACAGUUCCUUUUGGAGCAGGAGCCCGGUAGCAUCGUGGCUGACGUAGGAUGUGGCAAUGGUAAAUAUCUGCACAUCAAUGAGAACAUCUUUAAAUUGGGCUGUGACGCGUGUCGGCCGUUGGUGGACUCGGCGUGGAGUCAGGGCCAUGAGGUGCAACUGUGCGACGGACUGCGCUUACCCUACAGAGACGGCUGUUUUGAUGCAGUGCUCUCUAUCGCAGUCAUCCACCACAUGUCCACCAAAGAGCGGCGUAUCCGAGCAAUACAGGAGAUGGCCCGCACCCUGCGGGUGGGAGGGAGAAUCAUGAUCUACGUUUGGGCCAUGGAGCAGAAGAGGCGUAAGUUUGAGAAACAAGACAUCUUCAUUCCAUGGAAUCCCAAUCCUCCAAUCCACGGUCGAGGCGACGGAACCCAAAGCGUCAGCGACGACGCCGAUUCGAGCGACAAGCACAGAAAGGUGAAAAGCACAUCUUCAGUGGUGGACGAGGGCGAGCUCGCCAGCCCCAGUCAGCAGAAGCAACAGAGGCUUUGGUUCUUCUCCAGAUCUCUGGAUUCAGUGCUGGACUUCGGCAGUCUGACCGUGUCCAGGUCCACCUCCGGCACUUUCCAAACCCCUGCAGAUGAAGCUGCGGAGAGCAGGAGCCUGCGGGCCAGUGGCAGGGGUCUCAUUAGACAGGUUUCGAACCUCUUUUCGUCCUCUUCCAGAACCAGUCUCGAAGAAGAUGUCUUCAUCUCAGACCCUCAUGAUCAAGUCCAUAAAACCGACAACAGCAGUGCUAGUAAUGAAGACGAAACCCUCCGUGUCGAGCUUGUACAGGAUUGUUCCUCAGUUCCUCUUCCAGACUUGGUGUCCUACCAAAAGGAGCAGUCCAGUAAUGAAAAACACGGGGAGGUUGGUAGCACAGCAAACGGACAACAUUCCAUGCAGAGACAAGAAAGCACAGGGUCUCUGGGGGACACCGGGGGCGUGAAAGAAUGGAAUGACGGACAGAUGAAGGACUCUUGUCUGCGGUACUACCAUGUAUUCAGGGAAGGAGAACUGACGCAGCUGAUCGAGAACCAUGUUGAUGAACUUCAUGUUCUCCAGACUUACUUGGACCACGCUAACUGGUGUGUGGUGGCUGAGAAGAUCCAAGUCUGGAAGGUUUAAAUCUCAUUUUAAACAUUUAUGUCUAUUUUUAUUGACGUUUUUAAGCUUUUAAACUCAUAGUUUGAGAUUUUAUGUUUUUGGAUGAGAACUAAUAUCAGAUGCUGGGUGUUCAGUAUCAAUGGCAAUAACCAGCAAGGUAUUGAUGCUCUGACUAGACAAGUGUUGUUCAAAAUAGAGACCAUUUUAUUUAUUUUAUCUCUAGGAACACUAAUGUUACUAGACACUACAUUUUGUUUUACAAAUGUGCCCAUAUCCUGCUUAAAGGGACAGUUCACCCAAAAAUAAAACUUCUGUCAUCAUUUACUCCCCCUCGAGUUGUUCCAAAUCUGUAUAAAUGUCUUUGUUCUGGUGAACACAGAGAAAGAUAUUUGGAAGAAUGCUUGUAACCAAACAGUUCUUGGCCACCAUUGACUACCAUAGUAGAAAAAAUGACAAUGGUAGUUUGCUUUCCUUCAUUCUUCAAAAUAUCUUCUUUUGUGUUUAACAGAACAAAGAAAUUUAUGAAGCGAUUUUCCUACUAUGGUAGUCAAUGGUGGCCAAGAACUGUUUGGUUACAAGCAUUUUUCCAAAUAUCUUUCUGUGUGUUCAUCAGAACAAAGGCAUUUAUACAGAUUUGGAACAACUUAAAGAGUAAAUGAUGAAAGAAUUUUCCUUUUUGGGUGAACUGUUCCUUUAACAUUAUCUGUGAUGUCUUACACAAUCAGUUUUGGUUAUAAUUAUAAAUGAUGAACUUAACUUGCACUGAUUUUAAUGGCGUGUUACGUUUAACAGUCUUAAGCAAUGUCUGCCUGAAACAGAAAAGAUAGCACAUUAUUCUGAACCAAACAAUGUGAGCACAUUACCAGAGUUUUCUUAUAGAAGUCUCUUCAGGAGUUUAUCUGUGUAGUAGUUGUUGUGUUGUGUGGUUAGUGACACCGUAAAGCUGAGCUGUUGUGUUGUGGUCUGUUGCAGAAGCUUUUUAACAACAUUUUGUCUAAUGUUACUUGAUUGCACAUGACUUUACAUUGUGAAACUUGAACAAGUGCAGGUAUUGCAAAUUGUGUUUGUGUUGAUGUAACUUGACCGUGUCAAUGUCGCUGCAAUGGUCUUCAAUUUUCUUUUGAACUUGAACCAUUUUUUUUUUAUUUGUGGUUGUGUAGUUUGACUGUGGAAUCAAAUAAAAGCACUAUAUUUCGUUUUUAUCUGACCC